AUGGCAUCUUCAUCCCGCCAUGUCUACCAUCUUGAAUCUUCCGAACCAUCCUUCUCCUCACCUCUAGGAUCGAUCCGAAAAUGCACCGUCGACGAGCUGCCGAUCCUCAAAGCCAUGUCAUUGAAACGCCUGACACUGCAACCCAAAGGCAUCCGUGAACCACACUGGCACGCCGACAGCAAUGAGCUGACAUACUGUCUGUCCGGCAACGCCCUCGUCAACAUCAUCGACACCCACUCCAACUUCGCCUCGUUCACCAUCAAAGCAGGCCAAAUGUUUCACAUCCCCUCCGGCUCCCUUCACCACAUCGAGAACAUCAGCGAUGACGAACCAGCUGAGUUCCUGGUCUGCUUUCGCCACGAGAAGCCGGAGGAUUUCUCGCUUUCUGCCGCGUAUGGUGCCAUGUCGCCGGCUUUCUUGGGAACACAGAACAAGGAGAUCGUUGAGCGUGGUGGUGUACCGACUAUACCGGAUACUGCGCACCACCAGGAUGUCCACAAAUUCGAUGUGGAGGGACAGCAGCCUCCCCUCCAAGGUGAGGAUAUCCGAAGCGCGAGACUUGCGAAGUCAAUAUAUUGGCCGGCUCUGGAGAACGUGGCCAUGUACUCCCUUCGCGUGGAGGACAAGGCGAUGCGCGAGCCGCAUUGGCAUCCCAUCACCGCAGAGCUCGGCUACGUCGACAAGGGCCAAGCAAGAAUGACCAUCCUCGACCCCAGCGGCGAGACGGACACCUACACUCUCGGGCCUGGCGACAUGUACUUCAUCCUUGCCGCCUAUCCACAUCAGAUUGAAGUCUUGCCGGAGGGUGGGAAGGAGAUUCACUUCUGCAUCUUCUUCGACCAGCCCAUGCCGCUGGAUAUCGGAUACAAGGCGAGUGCUGAAGGCAUGCCGCACGAGGCCAUGGCGGCGACGUUGGGCAUCAAACGCAGGGAGAUGCCAAAGAUGGAGGGCACAUCGAGGGCGCCGCAUAUUGUUCCAAGGAUUAAUGAUGUGGAUGAGGUGAAGGUGUGGACGAAGUAG